AUGAACAGUACGUCGACAAACUUCAGCGAUAAUUAUGAAGUAAAGGAGGAACUUGGAAAAGGUGCAUUUUCGGUAGUACGACGAUGUGUACAGAAACGAACUGGCAUGGAGUUUGCUGCAAAAAUCAUUAAUACGAAGAAGCUUUCCGCACGUGAUUUUCAAAAACUGGAAAGAGAAGCUCGAAUAUGCCGCAAACUACAGCAUCCCAAUAUUGGCAAAGUGACAGGCGGUGAAUUGUUCGAAGAUAUAGUUGCUAGAGAGUUUUAUAGUGAAGCGGAUGCCAGUCACUGUAUUCAGCAAAUUUUGGAAUCAAUCGCUUACUGUCACUUGAACAAUGUGGUACACAGGGAUCUCAAGCCCGAAAAUCUCUUACUUGCAAGCAAAGCAAAAGGUGCAGCAGUGAAAUUAGCCGAUUUUGGGCUUGCAAUUGAAGUACAAGGAGAUACGGAGGCAUGGUUCGGUUUUGCAGGCACACCCGGGUAUUUAUCACCAGAAGUGCUCAAAAAGGAUCCUUAUGGAAAGCCAGUUGAUAUAUGGGCAUGCGGAGUUAUCCUCUACAUUCUUCUUGUUGGUUAUCCACCAUUUUGGGACGAAGACCAACAUCGUUUAUAUGCACAAAUAAAAGCGGGUGCUUAUGAUUAUCCAAGCCCUGAAUGGGACACAGUUACUCCUGAAGCGAAGAAUUUAAUUGAUAAUAUGUUAACGGUUAAUCCAAAGAAGCGAAUAACUGCAGAGCAGGCUUUAAAAGUUCCAUGGAUUUGCAAUCGUGAACGUGUUGCUUCCGUAAUACAUCGUCAAGAUACGGUAGACUGUUUGAAGAAAUUCAAUGCUAGGCGAAAACUAAAGAUAAAGUAG